CGCGCAGCCUUCGAGAGGAAAACACGGCAACACCCACAAACCUAACUUGUAAAAAAUACAGUAAAUCGUGUGUGUGACGCCGUUCGCUCCUGCAGAACUGCAGCAAACUCGCGAAUCACCCCACAGGUGCCAUCUCCUCAUCCAGGUCAGUGCGGCGACUAAGGUUGUGUUAAACUGUCAGAUUUGAGCAGUCUGGCAGAUGACUCGUUGAUUGGUUUAAUUAAUUAAGCUACUGUCUCGUUUAUUUGUUAUUACUACUGUUUGUUGGCAAAUCUAUACCUGCAUAAAAAGAAAGUUGCAGAAAAAGUAACAACUUACUUUAGCUGAAAGUAAAUAAAAAGUAGAAUACUUUAUUGACAAAUGGUAAAACGAAUGAAUUGUUUAGUGAUUGUUGAACUAAAAUUUAUUAUUAUUACUUCAACUGAAAUGUUAAUGUUGCCUCAUGUAAAAUGUUGCGGCUUUAGAAUCAGAUGACAGACAGACUUGUUAUAAAACUGUGGCUGUGUGCGUUAACACUUUGAUUUUCUCGCAGUCUGGUAACAUGUCCAACCCGAGCAGCCCCGCCGGUGCCGAGAGCUCCUCGGCGGAGAGCAGCGGCUACAAGGACUCCGAUCCCGAGCGCGGCUUCUUGCUGCCGGUGACGCGCUCAUCCCUGCUGGCCCGGCGCCUGCUGGGCUUGCGGGCCUGCAGCAGCCACAUGAGCCCGACCCGGCGCCGCAAACGAGAAAUGAUCCCCGCCGACAAGAAGGACUCCAGCUACUGGGACAAGCGGCGCAAGAACAACGAGGCGGCCAAGCGAUCCAGGGAGAAGAGGCGGCUCAACGACCUGAUGCUGGAGAGCCAGCUGUUGGCUCUCAGCGAGGAGAACGCGCAGCUGCGCGCGCGCGUGCUCAGCCUCCAGUACCACAGCAGCCUGAGCGCAGAAAAGAGCAAAGUCGCCGCCUGCGCAGCUUCCACCUUGCCCUCGCCUAGACCCACGCACGGCCCUGCCCUGUUGCACGCAGGACUCUGGGGCAGCAGCAGGAGCAUCCCGGCCUCUGCGCUGGCACGGAGGCAACGCGAAACAGCCGGCUCCCCGUUGGAGACCAAGAUCCCCGGCUUUAGCUCACUUCGAGGUGCCGGUGGUUUCCAUCCGCUGAGUCCUCAGACUGGUGGCAGGCAGCAGUCCUGGCCUCUCUCCGGGCCCCACGCCCCCCCUCCUCAAACGGCGAUGGCGGGGAGAAAGUCUGCGGAGGCAGAGAUGGAUGCGCAGAGGCAGGUCUCCUCCAGCGACGACUUCCCCACCUCCAGCAACCAGUUCUCCAGUCCCCUGUCCUCCAUCAGAGGGAUUCUGUCUGCACCCGACGCGCUCCCUCACCCCCCCCACCUGCCGUACCAACCCCAGAAUUGGCUGGUGCCCCGCGUGAAUCCCUCGGCAGUGUACAACAACCUUCUGCUGCCCUGGCGGUCCUCCUACCUGCCACCACCGGCCGUCUACCCGUGCCUGCCGCUCUGCAUCCAGGACAGACAGGCCCAGGGUCUGGGCACGGAGGCUGACACUCUGAGGGGGGAGAAGAGCCGGUUCGGAGACGCACCGGUAGGGAUGUCCCAGCUCAGUCCCGAGAGACGUUAAGAGGACAGUUAGACCGGUCGGAAAGAACAAAAACGGCGCUGAUGGUGGUAUUUCAACAAUCACAAAUUAAAAAGAUUUUUUACUUUUGGCCGCGGUAUAUGUGUUGUGAGAGCGGCAGCUAGACGCCCGCAUCCCAUACACCGUAUAAAUAAUGUGCGACUUUCGGUGGUUUUGAUGAGUUAGUGAUAAAAGAGAGACAGCGGUUGCAUUGCACGCACGUAUCUGUGCUUUCAGGGACCCAUCAAUCACGUCAACUGCAGCUUUAUUUCAUUUUGAUGAGUGAUCUUUUAAUUACAAUCUAACAAACCACGCGGUAAAAGCCACGAAAAGCAACGACAGGCUUUUAUUGUGUGAUUUGGGAUGUAAUAGAGACGAUAGGAGACAACUUCAUGACUGUGAAUUUUCAACUGCGCCAACGAAACUUUGCGCCUGUUGGCUUGGUAUUUCCCAGCAGACGUCGGGUCAAUGGAAAACCAAACGUUGAACCGUCUUGUAAACCUGCAACUGUGUAAGGCAUCACCGUCCACGUGCGUCGGGCUUUGGUUGUAUGCGGAUUUUUUUCUUUUUUUUAACUAUUCAAUAAAACAAAAACAGCUCAAAUGGUUGAACGUCGACGGCAAAGAUUCGGAUUAGUCAUCUUUAAUUGUGUCAUUUAGAAUCGAUUGUUUUAUUGAAUUAAUAAAAGUUUUAAUUAGUCAGCUUAAACAUAUUGAGCUUAAAAUAUUUUUGUAUGUAUUACGGGACACUUGAAAUUUGUUUACUGUUAUUAAAAGUUUAAAAAGGAUCAAAAUGUUUCAUUGUUUUUGUAGCUUAUUUCAGUUUUCGCCAGUGUCCGUGAUAGAGGUAGCCUCUAAAUAAACAAACGUCCUUUUAACUGCAUUGUUAGAAAUAUGUUUUUAAAGGCUCCAAUUACGCGAAAAUAAAUCAAAUGAAAUAAACUAAUACCACGCGAAUUAUGGCAGCGGGUUCAGCUGCUCA